CACGUGACAAAAGGAAAUGGGAAACGGUCGUUUGAGAAGUUGAAGUUGCCAGCGGUGGAGCGACCUGUGAAGCUCAGGAUGCUUCGCGUUUUGUGGCUGUUCGCCGCCCUGGACGCGGCGCUACUGCUGGACACAGGCAUGCUGUUUCCGCGGGAGUCCUCCUCCAGAGAGCGGAAGGAGCUGAACGGGCUUUGGGCUUUCAGGGCUGACGGAUCACCCAACAGGAACCAGGGCUUCGAGAGCGCUUGGUACAAAAGUCGACUGGCAGAGACCGGCCCUGUGAUCGACAUGCCGGUUCCUGCCAGCUACAAUGACAUCACUCAAGACCCCACACUGAGAGAUUUCAUUGGCUGGGUGUGGUAUGAGCGCGAGGUGACAGUGCCCACCCGCUGGAUCACUGAUGACGGCCUGCGAGUGGUCUUCAGAGUGGGGAGCGCUCACUAUUACUCCGUAGUGUGGGUGAAUGGUGUGAAGGUGACUGAACACGAAGGCGGCCAUUUGCCGUUUGAGGCAGAAAUAGGCACCUUACUCCGUAAAGACCCAACCAUGCCCUGCAGGAUCACCAUCGCUGUGAACAACACUCUGAAUCUGCACACACUACCGCCAGGCACCAUCCAGUACAUGACUGACCGUACGAGGUAUCCUGCUGGGUUCUUUGUUCAGAACUACAAUUUUGAUUUCUUCAACUAUGCCGGAAUACAUCGUCCUGUUCUGUUGUAUACCACUCCUAAAGCCUAUGUGGAUGACAUCACCGUUGUUACAGAUUUCUUGGACAACACAGGGUUGGUCAGAUAUGGUGUGUCAGUCAAAGGAACAACCUCCGCUGCUAUGAAGGUGACUUUAAUUGACAAAGGAGGCCACUGCGUUGUUUCCUCCAAUGAGGCUUCUGGAGUGCUCAAAGUGCCAAAUGUCAACCUGUGGUGGCCGUACUUGAUGCACCAAAACCCGGGUUAUCUUUAUUUGUUGGAGGUUCGCCUGAAGGCUACUGACGAGAGCUCAACGUAUGAGGAUGUUUAUACUCUACCAGUUGGCAUCCGCACAGUUAACGUCAGCAGCACCCAAUUCUUCAUCAACAACAAGCCGUUCUAUUUCCAUGGAGUCAAUAAGCAUGAAGAUGCUGACAUCCGAGGGAAAGGUUUGGACUGGCCCCUAAUCGUCAAGGACUUUAACCUGAUGAAGUGGUUGGGGGCCAACUCGUUCCGCACCAGCCACUACCCCUACGCCGAGGAGAUUCUGCAGAUGUGUGACCGCCAUGGCAUUGUGGUGAUCGAUGAGAGCCCAGGGGUCGGCAUUAAAGACAUUCGCAGUUUUGGAAACGCCUCCCUGACCCACCACCUCGCUGUUAUGGAUGAGCUGGUACGGCGGGACAAGAACCAUCCCUCCGUGGUCAUGUGGUCUGUAGCCAAUGAGCCCGCUGCAGAGAUGCCCCCUGCUGAGAACUACUUCAAGACGUUGAUAAUGCACACCAAAGCUCUGGACCCUACCCGUCCCGUAACCUACAUCACAGACAGUAACUUCUCACGGGACAAAGGAGCUCCCUUUGUGGACGUCAUCUGUGUGAACAGCUACUUCUCCUGGUACCACGACCCCGGCCACUUGGAGGUCAUCCCUGUCCAGCUCAACACUCAGUUUGAGGACUGGUACGGAAAGUACAAGAAGCCCAUCAUCCAGAGCGAGUAUGGAGCUGAUGUCGUGCCAGGGCUUCAUAAUGAUCCCCCGGUGAUGUUUACUGAAGAGUAUCAGAAAGUGGUCCUGCAGCAGUACCACAGUGUGUUCGACCAGAAAAGGAAGAAGUACGUCAUUGGCGAGCUCAUCUGGAACUUCGCUGACUUCAUGACUACACAAGGGAUCACGCGUGUGGUGGGGAACAAAAAGGGGGUCUUUACUCGGCAAAGGCAACCCAAAGCUGCUGCAUUCAUCCUCAAGGAGAGAUACUGGAGACUGGCAAAUGAAACUGGCGCCCUGCCCCUCUGGACCAAGUACCCCUGCCCACUGUGAGUGACCAACGCAAGCGUUUAGCCCCGCAGGACAACUGGAGCUGUAUGGAAAAUCAUGUCUAAUCAAAAUGACAUCAAGGAAAAAUAAACAGCAACAGUAAUCACAAAACCAUAGGAAAGCCUUAAAAUGUGCUUAAAUAAGGUUCCUAGAUUUGAUUAGAACAUUUUCAGAGGAGUAGAACAGGCAAAGUUGCCUUCUUGUUUAUGUCCAGACAUUGAAGACACUGGACAGAUCCUCCAACAUGCUCAGCCAGUAACGCUGUGUUUUCACACAUAUCCAGGAAAAAUGAAAGUCUGACUUGAUGCAACAUUUUAUUACAUAUAAAAUAUUGCACCAUGUAAUGACAUUUACAUGAUGCAAUAUGCAAAUAUUGCACCAUGUAAAUGUGAUGCAAUAUUAUCAUGAUUAUAUUCAUGUAAAUUUGUUGCGAUUUGGUGCUGUAUUAAAAAAACGUAAUCGACAGCUUCACGCUUGCAGUCACGGCUUGGGUUUUGUAAUAUGCAAGCGACGCAGGAUUUUUAUAUAAAACAGAGGUGGCUCAAUUACAGAAGGAUGUAGUCAUGGCGUUGGUCCAGAUUUACCCCAGUCUGAGUCAUCAGUGCUGAUAUAAAAUUUCUCUCAAAUUUCAGUGCUUUGUACAUUAUUGGGUAAAAGUUGAGACUUUGUAUAAAACAGAAAUAAAGCAUUUCCUAUAUGUAAUUGGGGCUGUACAAUUAAUUUAUUGUUGCCAGAGUUGUUGAGCUGUCUAUCAAAUAUCAGCUGGAGAUCAUUUUAGCUUUGUAGCGCUAAGAUCAAACCUUAUGUGUGUGUAAAACAGGUGGGACCAUUAAACCGUCUUCAGCGUAAAGAAACAACAACUGGCUCUCCACUACUCUGACGCAAAUGACUGACAUUUAGACUCAGAAGUUCACUGAAGGCAAUCUGGUCCUCUAUGAUAAUGAUGGCCAGUAUUUACUCCCCUCAGUGUAUAGAUUUUUGAAAAGGGAUUUUUAUUUUAAUUUUUUUUCUAUUUUGGCUUAAUUAACUGGGUCUGAAUAAAAUACAAUAAUUGGAGCACUUCCACUUUUUUUAGCUUUAGAGAGGGAUUGGUAUUCCCUCCUGUGAACUUGGAAGGAUUUUGUUUUCUGAAGAUUGAGUAAACCAGAACAAAAGUUUGACAAAACUCCUUGGAAAAUUCACAUUUAAAUCCAUCAGAAGCUGCCACUCCAAGAGCAUUUAAGCGCCUGUUAAGCGUUUCUUCUAAUGAGCUUCUGAAAAGAGUGUGUUCACUGAUAUUACAUUUUGCAGGUCAUUUUAGCUCAUGUAAACCACAACAAAAACAUGUACAUAGGAUGGAGGGGAUCAAGAACUUAAUCUGAAAUGAAAUGAACGGGAAAAUACCUGGCGUAUUUGGUCUAGAGUUCUUCACAGUAUUGUCACCUGACUCAAACCGUGUUUGCUUUGCAAAUCUAAGAAAAUGUUGUGAAGUAGCAACGUAUUUGGAGAAGCACAAGUCACAGUUGCCUAAGCAAAUCAAGGCUGAGUUUAGACAUGUUACUCUGAAUCAUGCAGACUAGAUUCAAUGGGUCUAAAUUGCUCUUAUUAGUUACACUUCAAUUUGUUUUUUUAAGGAUCUAAGAAAAAUGUCUUUGGCUUUGUUGUUGUUCCCAUUCCAUUUGUACUAAAACCUUCUUCAAAUUGAGAUUUAGUUGUGGGGUUUUUUUGUAGUUUUUUUUUUUCCUGCAUCAACCAUAGGUCAGUUUCAUGAUCUGACUGUAGCUUUGCAUAUUUUUCAUCUGUCUGUAUUCAGGGAAUAAACUAUCAGAUCAUUUCCAUCAAUAUUUUUCUAAUCAGUUGUAUUGCUGGACAAAUGAAUUAUUGGUUCCUCUUUAGGUUUUCUGAUGUGUAACGAUGAUAAAAGGAGGGACAUGAUUUCUGUUGGAAUAUGCCAGUCUGACUUUAUACAACCAAUGUCAUGUUACUAUCUAAGGGAAAAUCUGAAUGUGAUGUUUUUCAACAAAUUGAGGGGAAGUCAUUUUAUAUCUGAAUCACUGCAAUAAAGACGAUAUAAUGACACUACA